GGCUGGUCACACCUGCUGCUCUGCGUCUGUGGCGGAGUCGCGUCGACACGCGGGGGAAUCAACACUUUUAAUUUGCGUAAGCUCAUCUCCGCGUCGCACAGAAAGUGAAUAUUGUGUCAGAAUGGCGCGGACGAGCCAAAACAUGUGAGCGUGCCAGCCAGGGGCUUGGAUUAUGGGUCAGCUAUUCCAUUGCGGCACUAAGGGCCCCCUUAGUGUGAAGGUAGAGAGGAGGGGAUGAGACACGGUUGCACAGGGGCUUGGGAUCGCUUUUCAAACCUACUGCGCCCACGACCACAGAGCAGAGCAAGGGAGGAGCUGGAGUGGAAAAAGAAGCAUGUUUUGGACUCUUAACUUCCCACGGAGUCUCUUCAAUGAUCACAGGCUGUUUGGAAUGAGAUUACUCAUGACAUCCUCUCCACACCCCACGCCUCCCGCUAAACCCAUCUUCAACAUUAUUGGGUUAUGAGCACCUGCAUUCUUAUAGGAAAUCGGCAGGCGGUAAUAUGUUCGGGGAGCCUGUUGCCCACCUGUGGACCAGGUGCUUGCCGGUACUGCUGCCGCUGCUACUGCUGAGCUGCGCGUGCCAGAUGUCAGCCGCCGACGUGCCGUGGUCCUGCCCGCAGCGCUGUGACUGCCGCCUGGAGACGCAGGAGGUGAACUGCUCCCAGAAGUCCCUGUCGUCCGUGCCCGAGGGCUUCGCCAGCGACGUCAAGCGGCUGGACCUGUCCUCCAACCGGCUCAAGACGCUGAGCCGCCGGCAAUUCUACGGCCUCUCCAAGCUGCAGGAGCUGGACCUGAGCAACAAUGUGCUGUCCAUGAUCGAGGUGGAGGCCUUCCAGGGCCUGCAGAGCCUGCGCGCGCUCAAGCUGCGCGGCAACCGGCUGAAGAUCAUCCCCGUGGGCGUCUUCUCGGGCCUCUCCAACCUCCGCAGCCUGGACGUCAGCGAGAACGAGAUCCUGGUGUUCCUGGACUACACCUUCCGGGACAUGGGCAACCUGCAGCAGCUGAAUGCCGGCGAGAACGACCUGGUGUUCAUCUCGCAGCGGGCCUUCUGGGGCCUGCCGAGCCUGCAGGAGCUCAACGUGGACCGCAGCAACCUGACCUCCCUCCCCGUGGAGGCGCUGUCGCAGCUCUCGGGCCUGGUGCGGCUGCGGCUGCGCCGGCUGACCGUCGGCCCGGCCUUGCCCAGCAACGCCUUCCACCGCCUGCGCCAGCUGCGCAGCCUGAAGAUCCUGCACUGGCCCUCGCUGGACACCGUAGGCGCCAGCAGCCUGCUGGGCCUCAACCUCACCACGCUGGCCAUCAGCAGCUGCAAUCUGAGCGCCGUGCCCUACGCGGCCAUGAGGCACCUGGUGUACCUGCGCUACCUGGACCUCUCCUACAACCCCAUCACCACCAUCCUGGGCAACCAGCUGACUGAGCUGGUGCGGCUGCAGGAGCUGCACCUGGUCGGGGGAGGCCUGAUGCGCAUCGAGCCCGCCGCCUUCCGCGGGCUCGCUCACUUCCGCCUGCUCAACGUCUCGUCCAACCGUCUCGUCACGCUGGAGGAGAGCGCCUUCCACUCGGUGGGCAACCUCCAGACGCUGCGGCUGGACCGCAACCCGCUGGCCUGCGACUGCCGGCUGCUGUGGGUGGCGCGCCGGCGGGUGCGGCUGGACUUUGACGGCCGGCAGCCCGCGUGCCUGGUCCCGGAGCGUGUGCGUGGGCGCCGCAUCGGGGACUUCUCGGAGGGCGAGCUGCCGGUGGUGUUCACCUGCCGGCAGGCCUACAUCCCCGACCGGCGGCCCCAGGAGGUCUCGGUCGAGGAGGGCUCCACGGCGCUGUUCGAGUGCCGCGCCGACGGCUACCCGGCGCCCGGCAUCACCUGGCUGUCCACGCAGCAGACCAUGCUCACCUCCAUGGGCCGCAUCCGCGUGCUGUCCAACGGCUCGCUGGAGGUGCGCUACGCCCAGGUGCAGGACAGCGGCACCUACAUGUGCCUGGCCACCAACGCCGCCGGCAACGACAGCAUCUUCGUCAAGCUGCAAGUGCAAGGGUUCCCCCGCAACCGCACGGCGCCCUACUACCCCGAGAGUGCCGUGGGCGGCCACGGCGGGAGCUGGAGCACCACGGACUACCCGCCGCCCCCCUCUGCCAACACCUCCACCCAGGUCACCAACCCGUACCCGUUUGACGCCAAGACCCUGGUGAUCGCCACCACCAUGGGCUUCCUGUCAUUCCUCAGCUCGGUGGCCAUCUGCUUCGUCUUCAUGUUCUUCUGGAGCCAAAGCAAGGGCCAGAUCAAGCACACGGCCACCAUCGACUUUGUGCCGCGCUCCUCCAUGGGGGGUGGGGGAGGUGACGGGGACGCGGGAAGGUUCACCAUGAAGCUCAUCUGAGCUGCGGGGAAAGGAAAAGAGGACGAAGGAGGAAGUUGGAGGUUGUUUGUGUGUGUGUGUGUGUGUGUGUGUGUGUGUGUGUGUGUGUGUGUGUGUGUGUGUGUGUGUGUGUGUGUGUGUGUGUGUGUGUGUGUGUGUGUGUGUGUGUGUGUGUGUGUGUGACGUCAUGUCGACAGGAAGUGACAUCACAGAUCACAGAGACCAGAACUUUUAAUGUGAGACUGCUAGUUUACCUGCCCAGACAAAUGUGUCUGAAUUUGUGUAUUAAUAAUAUUCAUAUUAUUAUUAAUAAUAAGAAGAAUAACAAUAAUAAUAACAACAAUAACUAGAAAUGCACUCAGAGAGAGCAGACCUCCGCCAAGGAAGCUGUUUGAUUCAAGUCUUUCUGCCUCGUUUUUGUGGAGUUAGAAACUGGAAUGUCAAAAUCUUGAAAUGGUGAAGAAUAUUUUUUUAAAUCCUGGAUCCGGAUCUUGAUCCGGAUCACCACCAAAAUGUAAUCACUUGUUCCUUUUAUCAUUUCCAACAACUCCAUAAAAUUUCAUUAAAAUCUGUUCAUUACUUUUUGAGUUAUCCUGCUGACAGACAGACAAACAAACCAACGCGACCGAAAACAUAACCUCCUUGGCGGAGGUAAUGAUAAUAAUAAUAAUAAUAACAACAACAGAGAUUUGCUAUAAGCCAUGUUGUCAUUCAUAGUCGUUGUGGUAUACUGACAUUGCUGUAUGCUGUACAUGAAAAAGCAUUUCAACUGUAAGAUGCUCUAUAUAUUUUUCACUACAAUAAGUUCAUGUACUGUAUUGUGAAUCGCAAUCAUCAGUGUGUAUGCGCAUUUUGCAUGAACUAAAGUGCCACCUUCACAGGGAGCAUUUUGAUACAGACAUUGGAGAAGGUACACAUAGUCGAUAUGUAAAUGGUACUCAUUAUAUUUGGUAUAGAUGCUUAUCAUACUUCACACACUAUAAUAACACACACCAUAUUAAAAUCACACAAGCUUUUGACUGCUAUACAAAUAGGAUUUCUGUCACACAGCAAUGAUUUAAAGAGAUAGACACGUGUAUUGAGUCUAAUCAUUUAUGUGUUGGGUGCUUUUGAAGCGUAAGCAUUAGAAUGCAUAUCAGUUGCAUCAAGUGUUGAUUUCAUUUUACGUUAUUUUCUUUUGAAUAUAAAUGGUCCAACCGCAUACACUGCCUGCAAAUACUAUGAUGAUAGCAUUGCAAUAGGUCAAUCUCAUGGCUUGCUUCUCCAAAGCUAGUAUGACCAAAUCUUGAAAAAAAAAUCCUGAAUAAUGAUGAAUGUUUUGCUUUGCAAAUAUUCACUUUGAUUUUUUUUUUUUAAAACAGCCUACUCAUUUAUGACACUUCUUUUUAUGAACCUCUUUGUAAACGUCUUCAUUUACAACCGUCAACUAUUAAAACAAAUAUGCAAUUUG